GCCAGCGGCGUAGCGGGCGCAGUUGGCGUAGAGCGCUGGCCAGCCAGCUCGCGGAGGGCUCUGGAUCGGCGGCGGAGGCUGAAAUAAAUAAAGAGGAGGAGACUUCAGCCAAAGAGGCUGGCACUUUGCUGAGAAGGAAACAAGCCAUGCCUCCCAGUGAGGUCUCUGGAGGAACUGGUUUUGGUCACCUCUGAACAGCCAGCUUCCCGCAGGUCCGGGAUUUUUCCAAGAUUUCCCCCCUCUCCUUUCUACGUUUCCCCCCCCCCCCCCUUGGAGAUGAACCAAAGACUUGACUUGCUUUUUUGCCUAGCUGGAAUCGGCUCAGUUUCUUCCCGGCUCUUGGCGAUCCCUGAUCCGAUAACCAGGUGCCCCACAUGGCUUUCUUGAUGAAGAAGAAGAAAUUCAAGUUUCAGAUCAGCUUCACCUUGGAAGAGCUGACGGCCGUGCCUUUUGUGAAUGGCAUGCUGUUCUGCAAAAUUCGACUGUUGGACGGCGGCGACUUUGUCACCUUGUCUUCCAGGGAAGAGGUUCAAGAGAACUGCGUGCGUUGGAAGAAGAAAUUCACCUUCAUCUGCAAGAUGAGCGCUAAUCCCACCACGGGGCUCCUGGACCCCUGCAUUUGCCGAGUGUCAGUCCGGAAAGAACUGAAGGGUGGGAAAGCCUAUUCCAAGCUCGGCUUCACCGACCUGAACUUGGCUGAAUUCGCAGGCUCUGGCCUCACCGCCCGCUGUUGCCUGUUGGAAGGAUACGACACCAAGAACACCAGGCAGGACAAUUCCAUCUUGAAGGUCACGAUUGGCAUGAGCCUCUUAUCCGGAGACCCUUGUUUCAAAACCCCACCCUCCACCGCCAAAUCCGUGGUCAUCCCAGCACAAGACUCGAGCCUGCAGCUCAACUGCAAAGGGGAGGGAAACAGCCGGACUGUGACCCCCAGCACCAACACAGCAUCUUCGAUCGGUUCUGUCCGUCAGAACAAGCCCAGGGCCACCAUCCUGGGGUCAGGGGUUUUGGAAGAACCGGACCAGAACUUAUCAAGUCCAGAAGAAGUGUUUCAUUCUGGACACUCGCGAAAUUCAAGCUAUGCCAGCCAGCAAUCCAAAAUCUCUGGAUAUAGCACCGAGCACUCCAGAUCAUCCAGCCUAUCGGACCUGACCCACCGCCGGAACACGUCCACCAGCAGCAGCGCCUCGGGAGGUCUCAGCAUGACGGUCGAAUGCCCGGAGGGCGAACGGGAACACAGGUUGGAGAAGCCCCCGAGACCCCCCAGACCCAACCUUUUGUCGGAUAGAUCUUCUCGGAGGAAAAAGGAUUCUGUAGAAAGCCAUCCCACCUGGGUGGACGACACUCGGAUCGACGCAGGUGACAUUGUGGAGAAGAUCAUGCAGAGUCAGGAUUUCACCAACGUCAGCAACACUGAAGAUAGUAACCUGAGGCUGUUUGUGAGCCGAGAUGGCACAACUACACUAAGUGGGAUUCAGUUAGUAAACAGAGUCUCGUCCGGAGUCUACGAGCCCGUGGUCAUUGAAACCCAUUAAAUGUGAACUAGAUGGGUACCCCAGAUGGGAACCUGUCCCGGCAGGUUGUCCUUCCCUCCCCAUCCCACCGUUUUUUCCUCUCUUUAUUUCUUUUUAAUCUUCUCUGCACAUAACAUUCCGGGCAGGACUUUUCAAUUUUUUAUUUUUUUGAAUCCAAGCACCCCUCACCUGCCCAGAGGUACUCCACAAACAGGCACUUUACGUUGGGUCUGGAAAGAUACCGUCGACCAUAUGCAAAAGGGCGGGAUCAACCGUCCUGCCCCUUGCAACAGCUCCCUUGGAGGGACAGGAACUCAGGACGGCUCUUGUGCUGAGCACCACGGCUUGGUUUGAUGGCUUGAUCAUCCCUGUCCCUACCACCAAGUUACACCACUGUGAACACUUCCCUGUGGCUCUCCUGUCCCAAGAGAAGCUCCAAUUGGAAAGGUUGCUAGUCAUGACCGUCGCGAAGAUUCAACCGUUGGUUCAUCCACGUCUCCUCUCUCGCAUUUAUCCCUCCAAGGGCUGAUGCCCAAGGAAUGAAGGCCCAGCUACAUCACUGCUCUGAUCCGGAAGUCCUCCCUAAAUUCUGUCUUUCAUAGGAAACUCUUCUAUGUUUUGGGCCUUGGAAACCCUCUUUCAAGCAUCCAUGAGCCAUGGGAAGCUUUGAAGAUGCUGAGUGCAGUUCAUGUUCUAGUUUGAGGUCCUCCUCCUCCUGCAGGACAAGGAAGGGGGGUGAUCUUGGCCAGCUACCAUGCAAGGCGACGCUUGAAGUGUCCAGGAAAAAGCUUUGGUUUUCCUCAAUGGGAACCACUGUUGACUUUUUCAUUUUUUUUUAAAAAAAGGUUCUUUUGGGUAACACAGUCACUGCAGCCAGUGAGGGGUGAGGAGAGCCCCAAGCCUGUUGGGUUUCUGUUUUCGCUUGGUGAUAACAGUAGAAAAAUAUUCCGUAUCAGUCCCAACCUCAUUGCCUUCUCGAUGCAAAACACGUUGGCUUAGGAUUCUCCUCGGUUGGGUUUUGAUUUGAAACAGAGGCAUUGAGCCUUGAGAAGAUUUCCUCCUGUCCAAGCAUGGUGGAGAAGGUUCCAUCACAAGACACCAAAAUGUUCUCCAGUCACUUGCUUUCUCAUAGAGCGUGUGGAGUCCAAACUCCAUAAGCAAUGAAAUGAGGAGGGUAGCAUCAUCAGAACUCGCUGCUCAACUGGAUGUCCUCAACUGGGUUCUACCACAUUCAGAAAGCAUGGGGGGAGAUUCCUGGAUUUGUCUUUCCAUCGGAUUGAUGCUUUAUGGCCCUCUCCACCCAAAUGUUGAGAUUUGUGUAGGAAACGAGCGAGUUUCAGGGCUUGGUACAGAAGCGGUGAAGCUGUGAACUGGUCUUCCCCAAGUUACAUCUAGAAGACCCGAAGCUUUGUUCCUGUGCAGUUUCAUCCUACACAUUGGGUGUCCCCCACCCUUCACUUAUUGCUUUUGGAGGUGGGGGAAAGACUCAGGUUUUUCCCAUUUCAAGAAAGUAGCUUGGCCUUGGUGUAGGCAUCAAUUGAGUACACACACACACACACACACACACACACACACACACACUUACUUCACUUGGUUUAGUAAUGGCUUGGGGGCGGUCAUCUUCCCCACAUGCCCUUUAGACUACUAAUUGUUCUAAAACAAGAGUGUGCAAAUGGAAUUCAGAACAGGAUCAGGAAUUGGGGAGAGGGGCACAUGGACCUCACAGGGCAGGCCUAUAGUCCCUUGAGUGGUAGCAAGGUAGUAGUCACUGGGCGAGGAUCUGCCAAAUGUUGGGUUCUCCACCCAACCACUGACCAGAACGUUCCUUUCCUAUCUCAGCUGAGCUAGCCAAGGAUUGUAUGAGUUGAGGACUCCAACCCAGCUCAAGGCCACUGUGUUGAGCAGAUCGGAGUGCCUCAAACUCUCCCUGAUUGUCCCAGACCGAUCCUGAUCUUCAGAAAAAGGAGAAACUUGGGAAAGGUCUAGAAUCUCCAGGAUAGAUCUGGAAAACUCCAUCUGGAAGUCGGUGGCCUUGUAAAAUCCUUAUACCACCAUGACAGAAGAGGUCCUCCAGAGCUUUUCUAACAGGGCCACCACGAUUCACGUGCGUGUUUGAUAAGAAGGACCUGGUAAAUUGGAAGAAGCCGAAGCUUCUUGAGAUACCUCUGUUGGUCUCCAGUGGCCUGUCCCACCACGACUGGGUGAAGUGGUAGAUCUUGUUAUGAUUUUUCCCUGGUGGGCAAAUUCUGCUGUUUUAAGACAUUGGUCUCAGCCAGCCCAGCACUAUCUGGGACAAUUAACCUAGAGAUGCCAUUUGGAAAAUGGUUUUCAUUUGACCUUCUUACACCACGGUUAACCUUCUUUCUCCCCUUUUGAUUUUGAAAUAUAUUGAUUUUUUGUUGUUGAUCAAUCCAGCAGGCUGGUGUAUGUUGUGAAUUUUGGGGGGAGGGGGGUUUAAAUCAUUGUUUCAUUGCUUAUAGUAUCUGUCGGGUUCUGCUUACUGGGUUUUGUUUUAUAAUUAUGUCUAACUUGAGCAGGGAGGGAUGGCAAGCAACUAGAGCUUUGACGUCUCCAGUUUCUUGCUGGCUGCCUUCCUUCCUUCCGCUUUUUGGAUGUUCAGCACUCGCCCAUCCAACUGGGAUCAAAGAACCAAGAUUCAGUGAAACAUCGGAAUGGCACCAAGGCCCAAGCUGUGAACCCAGCUAGGAAGAGAGCACAGCUGGAUUCUGUUCUCCUUCCAUGCACGGUGCCAAAUCCAUAGACUUAUUUUGGGCUUGCUUGUUGGUUCUGCAGCAGAAAACCUCUGGAUCUUUUGAGCAAAAGUUCUCAGAGAAUAGCGACGAGACCGUGAGAGUAAUGUUCAUUUUCGAUGAAAAGUUUUACAAAGUAGUGGCACACAAAAAUGUCUAUUUUGGUGCAAACUAGCCAUCUUCUUAGCGCCCCCCAAGCGCCCGCUCUAUUCUCUUCAGAAAAUUUAUUCCCUAUUUUUUUUAAUUAACACUUUUUUUUUAAUGGUUUGGGCCUCCACAGUGACCCACUCCCAAAUGGCUUGCUUGCUUUUUUUUUUUUAAUUACGCUUCCUUCUGCAGAUAAAUCUUCCCCUUUGGAAAAAAUAAAAGUUUUAAAAGGAAAAAAAAACUUGAUGAAGGCAGCUGAGCUGCACUCAAGGUUGUGAAACCUCUGGAAGGUGAUUCCUCCCAUCUUGCUAGGUACGGAUCAGGAUGUCCUCUCCUGGAGAGGGGAAUCCAACGGAGAGCAGAUCUCUCCUUCACGUGAUCUCAGGAGCUGUGAGAAGAAAACGCCGUUUUCCUGUAAUGAACCCUUCAAGUUGGCUAUCCCUGUUUCUUAAGCUCUGUGGACGGAGCUGGUCUCUUAGAGGCACAAUAAUUUCUUUUGACAAGCCAAACUUUGUGGCUGUCCGGUUCUUUCCCCCUCGAAAAAAAUAUAGCCAACUUCCAAGCUGCAUAACUUUCCCUCUUGCCUCCCCAGCUUCUAAGGAUGAAAAUCCUUUCGCUCUGUCUCCAAAAUAAGGUGAACCUGGAAUGUAAAAAAAGAAUAAACUCGAAAUUCUUCACCGUGACGUUUUCUUUAAAAAAUUCCCGUUGCUUUUUUAAGCCCAUAUUUUUCAGGGGGUUGAAAGAAAAAGAGAGAGGAGAUCGCGUUUUAUUUUCUUGGAAAGCGAAUUUUAAGAGAGUUCGAAAGGCACACCGCGAUUUAUAUUCAGAUAUUUCUAUAGCAGGAAAGAUAUUUUUGGAAGAGAAAAAACUAAAAACCAAAACAGGACUAUGCAAAAUUUAAAGGUAAAGAAUUGCCAGGAGAGAUAGUUUUGAUGUGUUCUGACCUUUGAAAUCCGAAAGUAGAUUAAAACUGAAAUCCAUUUAUAGAAAAUAUUUUUUUUUCCUUCCACCAACCCCUGCUGAUCCAUUUUCAAAUAUAUUUUCGAAAAGUGUUGGGCCUGGAAAAGAAUCAGUCAUAGAUCUGCAUAUUCCCGUUUUAACUUGUUCUUCUAGUAUUUAUCCUUUUUCUGUUGGAUGCUGUGCUGUCUUUGAUUCAACCAGUCUUGUUUUGUAUUCUUUGUUAUCUGGUUCCUGAUGUAGAGAAACCACAGUUAUAAAAAGAAGAAAAAUCACUAUAAAAUCAAAUGCCGUAAUGGUUUUUUUUGGGGGGGGGGGAAUAAAGGUUGGGUUUUCUUUGGUACAUCACAACGAGCGUCUGUGCUGUUCUUUUUGUUUCUUGUUGUUGAAAUCUUGACACGUACACACCUCUCAAAUGGAUGCAAUCAACAAGUUUGUAUUCUUGAAGUUGAUGUAGCUGCUCGAACUACAAAACGAGCAGCAUAUAAAUUUCAGAAAUAAAUCUAGAAGUGGUUUGCUGUU